CUGUUAGAGUGGUCUCUUCUUUUUGGGACUGAAAGUGUACUUGGGAUUCCGCGUUCAGAUAAUUCUCUAGAUCAUUACUUGGGCCAAUUCAAUUUGGUCUCAAGUCAAUUUUUAUUUCUUGUGUAUGCUAGAGCCACAAGCAUAGUUGAUGUACCUUCAUACUCGUAGCAAUAACAUUAUUAUCCUCAUUUACCUAUCAUCAAAAGAGAAAAAGAAGCAUAAGCCUUCUGCAAGACCGCCACUUAUAAGAACAGACUCCCGGCCCCAAGUACCCUAAAACAUAUCUGUUCCUUAAACGUUUCAUCGUCCGUCUUAAGUCUAAACCUUAACCUCUGUUCCUUCCUCCUAUUGUCCGGUCGAUCGAAGAGAUGAAACUCAGCCGCCACCAGCGGGCCCUCGUCAACCUCUCCAUGUGCUUCCUCCUCCUGCCGCCAUUGGCUCUCGGAGAGUGCACCUGCGACCAGGACAGGCCUGACAGCCGGGACAAGACCGCAGCCCUCAGGUACAAGAUUGGGGCCAUCGCCGCCAUCCUCGUGGCUGGCGCGCUCGGCGUCUGCCUCCCCAUGCUCGGGAAGGUGGUCCCCACGCUCCGACCCGACAGGGACUUCUUCUUCGUUGUGAAGGCAUUCGCGGCAGGGGUGAUCCUCUCCACGGGGUUCAUCCAUGUCUUCCCGGACGCGUACGAGAACCUCACGUCGCCCUGCCUUGCCGAUGAGCCAUGGGGGAGCUUCCCCUUCGCGGGGUUCGUGGCCAUGGUGGCGGCGAUCGGGACGCUGCAGAUUGACAUGCUCGCGACGUCGUACUACACGAGGAGGCACGAGGAGGCGGGUGGGGUCCAUGCAGAGGACGUCCACCUCCACACGCACGCCAGCCAUGGCCACUCUCACGGCCCCGUUCCACCGGACGAUUCUGCAUUCUCGGUGGACCUUCUCCGGCACAAAGUCAUAUCACAGGUACUAGAGGUGGGGAUAAUCACGCACUCGGUGAUUAUAGGGAUCUCGCUCGGGGCCUCACAAAGUCCAAAGAUCAUUAGGCCACUCGUGGGUGCGCUAACCUUUCACCAGUUCUUCGAGGGCAUGGGCCUCGGUGGUUGCAUCGCUCAGGCAAAGUUCAGGUCCCGAGCAGUGGUCAUCAUGGCGUUAUUCUUCGCCCUCACAACCCCUGUCGGGAUCGCCAUCGGGAUCGGCAUAUCCAACACGUACAAUGAGAGCACCUCCAAGGCACUGAUUGUCGAGGGGAUCUUCAACGCUGCUUCGGCGGGGAUCCUCAUCUACAUGGCACUGGUGGACCUAUGCGCGGCCGACUUCAUGAGCCCGAAGAUGCAAAAGAAUGGGAGGCUGCAACUGUGGGUCAAUGCGUCUCUACUCGCAGGGGCGGGUUGCAUGUCCGUGCUCGCCUAUUGGGCCUAAGGUCAUAAGAUGCACGCACGGGUGUUAGCAAACAUUGAUGAUAGCUGCCAGCAUGGAGAUAACGACUUUAACUGCGUUCGGAUGGCCGUUAAAUUGCCGACGUGACACGUGAGGAGUGGACCCGAGUGGAAGACCCGAUUUUUCAAGACUCGGCUCCAUCUUAGAAUCGGGUCGGUUCGGGUCGGGAUGUCUCCUUCUUCACCCGACUCCCUCUCCAUGCUCGAAACCCUAGCGCGGCUCCUCUUCUCCACGCAACCCAGCGGACCACUUGGGUUCUGCCUAUUGCCAUGGCUUUUUAUGAUCUUGUCGCGGUUCUGCUGCCCGUCGGGCUGUUGAGGCUUUUGGUCGAGCUUGUAAUAUCGCGGGAUGAAGAUAUCCUAGCAUUAGUUUAUGAGGCUAGGCCGGUGACUCACCACAACUUGGGUAAUAAUGGCGGGAAUCAGAGAAGGGUGUGGAGAGAAAGGAGUAGACCGGCAACUAUUGUCCCAAAUUCUAAUUCCAUGCCGAACUCGAAUCCUCGUUCUGCUUCGGUUUCUGAUGGAGGGCUUUUAGGGUUUUAGGUUUCUGCUUCGGCUUUGGUUUCUCAGGUCACCCAGGAACAAACUUCCUUCACUGUUCUUGAAUGAGAUUUUGUGAUGUGGGCUGCUUUUCAUGGGUUGUGAAUCUGAUUGCUUCUCUGAGAUGAAGGAAUGUGCAAUCCCCUGUUCGUCUAA